UGCGUGGUGACGCAGGCGCAGCGUGGGGUUUCCCAGCCCUGAGAGCAGGGUCACUCACCGCGCCCAUCUCUGCUGUCUGAUGGCCGGAGCGAGAGCCUGACACACGGGACGCAGAAGAACCACUCCAGCACCGGAGAACGACGCGCGUGGGACGUACAGAAAGGCUACAUUUGGACCGAGCGUUUGUUGGCGACAUUUACCACAAGGCGUUUGCGCGAAGCUUGCGUUAUUUGGGCGAGAAUCGGCGCGGUUGCAGCUGUCGCGGCUGCGGGUUCGGGGAGUGCCGCUCUCCGCUGACUGACUGACGGACUGUCUGCGGGUCGGGCAGCUGUGGAGCCCUCUUCGCUGUUUACAGUCAAUGAUACACACACAACGAACUGUUCCGACAAAACACAGAUCAGUGCGAGCGGCAGUAAGCGGACGGAGUGAAGCCCAUCGUCUAGCAGAAGAAAAUGAGCGAACUCGACCAGUUGCGUCAGGAGGCUGAACAGCUGAAAAACCAGAUCAGAGAUGCACGGAAAGCAUGUGCGGAUGCCACCCUCUCUCAGAUCACAGCCAAUAUCGAGCCUGUGGGGCGGAUUCAGAUGCGCACUAGACGGACGCUGAGGGGACACUUGGCAAAGAUCUACGCCAUGCACUGGGGCACUGACUCAAGGCUUCUUGUUAGUGCUUCCCAGGAUGGAAAACUUAUUAUCUGGGACAGCUAUACUACAAACAAGGUGCACGCUAUUCCCCUGCGCUCCUCGUGGGUGAUGACUUGUGCUUAUGCCCCGUCUGGGAACUACGUGGCCUGCGGAGGCUUGGACAACAUCUGCUCCAUCUACAACCUAAAGACCCGCGAGGGGAACGUGCGUGUCAGCCGUGAGUUGGCUGGACACACAGGCUAUCUGUCCUGCUGCCGUUUUCUGGAUGAUAACCAGAUCGUGACCAGCUCAGGCGACACCACCUGUGCUCUGUGGGACAUCGAGACCGGGCAGCAGACGACCACGUUCGCUGGUCACACCGGUGAUGUGAUGUCACUGUCUCUGGCCCCAGACACCCGUCUGUUUGUGUCGGGCGCGUGUGACGCCUCUGCCAAGCUGUGGGACGUCAGAGAAGGCAUGUGCAGACAAACCUUCACCGGCCACGAGUCCGACAUCAACGCUAUCUGUUUUUUCCCCAACGGGAAUGCGUUCGCCACGGGCUCGGACGACGCCACCUGCAGGCUGUUUGACCUGCGUGCCGAUCAGGAGCUGAUGGUUUAUUCUCACGACAACAUCAUCUGUGGGAUCACCUCCGUGGCCUUUUCCAAAAGCGGACGCCUGCUGCUCGCCGGCUACGACGAUUUCAACUGCAACGUGUGGGACGCUCUCAAAGCCGACCGCGCAGGGGUCUUGGCGGGUCACGAUAACCGCGUCAGCUGCUUGGGCGUCACUGAUGAUGGGAUGGCUGUGGCUACUGGCUCCUGGGAUAGUUUCCUGAAGAUCUGGAAUUAAAGCCGCAAGAUCGCAUCCGGACUCUAAGGUUGACUGGAAGACCAUUCCAAAAUGAAAAUGUUCGAUUUUAUUCUCCUCUCUCCUUCUCAAACACAACAGAACUGACCCCCGACAUCUGUACACGGCAAAAGAGCAAAAAUAUCUCCUUUGGAAAAGAAAAAGAGCACAAUGUUACACUCAGCUAGAUUGUAGUUGGCAAGGGGAUUAAAGUUGAUAAUUGUGCAUCCUUCUGGGACCAUUUCUGAGACAUAAAGACACUCAUUCCACUGCUCCGUCAUUAUGCUAACGUCAUCUCUCUUUAGCGUUGAAAGCAGGCGUGUUUUCUUGCUCGAUAGCUUUAUGGGCCGUUUUUGGACCUCUUUGCCCCAGUCAGGAUCGCACAUGUGCUUUUCUCUUCUAGUUUUGAAAUAUUUUGGGAUCAAAUUGGUAGUUAAAACUGUUAAAAUCCGUCUUUACGUAAAGGAUUUGAUCAGGGGUCCAUUAGCUGCUAUCAGGCCUGUAUAUUUAAUCCUGGGAAAUUUGAUUAACACAUUUUUUGUUUGCACAAGUAAUACAAUUUUUCAAAAACGUCAACUAACCAAGCACGUGCUGUUCAUGAUGACGAAUGCUCGAUGAAACCAUGUCAAUUUUAACCAUACUUCCGCUCAUGCUUUUUCGUGUGUGGAAAAUGACGAGUAAUUCAGUGAAGAUUAACCAAUCAUUUUAAUCAUUUUAUUAUUUUAUAUUUUUCUCUCUUUGAUGUGGAGGAUGUUGAAGGAGGGGUGGACGGUUCUUCAUUAUUUUAUUUUAUUUUUUGGUUUCAACAGAGGUGCUCGUUCUGUGCUUGGAAAACAGUUACUACUCUGUGAAUGACAUGUUGUAUAAAUCAAUGUUUGAAAAUAAUGAUAUUGAAAACUUUUUAAGUUAAAAAAUUUACAAAAAAAAAUCUUAUUUUGGUUGUCUGCCAUGGGUGGGAAACUCGUAGAAUCGCAUGCUGUAGAAUUGCUUAAAAGAGGUGCAUAUGGAACUAAGUCCUUGAUGUUUUCUUCUUUUUUUUUUUUUUUUUUUUUAAUAAUAACCUGUUUAUUAGAUCACCAGUAUUUAUUUUACUUUUUUCUAUUGCUACUCUGUGCAUACACAACUUAGUUUAACUUUUAAAGCUAUGCACUUAAGAGAAGCAAACAUGUUGAUCACAAAAAUGAAUGGUGAGUUGUUCUGUCCAUGGAGAGUUUGUGAAUCCCCACACACACACACACACCCUGUACAAAAACACACUCUCAAAUAACUAGAACAAAGAAAUCUCUCUCUCUGUGUAGCAAAAGAAAAAUUUCCGACACGAAGACAGUGCUAGAGACAUUUUGUAACAAACAGGUUUUCUGUUCUUUAAUAAAAAAGGAAAAAAGUAACGCAGCAUCUGAACGGCAGACGUUUUUUUUGUCAUUUCCUCUCGACAUGUAUCCUUCGCUGUAGUGGCAUUUCUUCCAUUCUGUUAUUUCUCUGCAACAUUCUGUACAAAAACAAAAGAGUGCUGUCGUUGUGCGUUAGGCCUGGAGUCGGCAAGAAAAAUAAAAGACUAAAAAAAGAACUAAAUUUGCUUUUCUUUCUCCCUCUCUUCUCUUCCCUGUCCUCUCUCCACACGGAUAACCCCUCCCCUCCCCCCACUGUCCCCUUAUACAUCUUUUGUAUUUAAUUUUAAAGUCAGUGUACAACAGAAAGCUGGAUGCAAGAUAGAAACUAUAUUAAAAUGUACUGUUAUUUAAGAUGUAAUAAAAGCAGUUUGAGACGA